UCCGAUUUUUUCUUCUCUCUUUUGGACUGACAGCAGUUGCAUGCUCUGCCCAGUCAGAUUUUGUGCAUCUGUCGGGACUGCUGGGAGGACGUCGGCUCUGACUGCAGCGCAUUGCGAUGCAGAGAGGGGGAAUAAGGAUAGGGUGGCUGUGUGAGCUGCACGCUUGAAGCUCCCAGCAGCAGCAGCAGCAGCAGCGUCCUGUGCGGACAGAGUGCGGGGAGGUGGUGGCGGAGUUUAUGCGCACACCUCUGGACGCUGCCACCGAAGAGAACCGAGGUGCCUCUGCAGCGCCGCAGCUUUUCAGAGGGAUACCGUCUCGAUACGUGACUCCGAGUCCAAAGCUGCUCUGGAUCUGAGAGGGAGGGGGGCCCUUGCGCGGCACCCCGCCCGUCUCGCCUCAUUUGGACUGCAGGGAUAACGACCUAAACCGUGAUAUCCCCGCGCAGAAACCACCGAGCAGGUGUCGGUGGCAGCGCUGUCACCGUUUUCCUACAUUCCGCACCUCUGCGCCAAAGGUUCUCACUUCCAUCGGACAACAUGGACUAAGACUGUGACUGUUGUUGGACACCUUCAGCUUCGACAAAGGACCAACAGCUGAUUAUGAGAGCCUAUGUGGAGAAGGAAUCAACGCAUAAUUUCUAAGGCCCCCAUAUGUUUCCAGUCAGGCUGAUCAGACAUGAUAAUUUAAGUUGAGUCAGCACAGAUAAAUCAGCAAAAUGCUUCAUCUUUGACCACCAGUCGGCUCGAUAAGAAGCUCCAGCGCAUCUCGCCCCCUUCUUGGGUCGCAUCAUUCGCUGUUUUCUCUCCUUGUAGUUGCCACUUCUCCAGCCACACAACAUGCGUCCUUCCCUCGCCACAGCAGUCCUACCACCUAGGACCCGUUCCCACAAUCCACCCAACCUGGCCGUCGGGGGCCGUGAACACUUGUCGGCCCCACGAAGGCGCAGCCCCCACCUCCGCCACACCCUCAGCCCUGAGAACCUGCGGACCCUGGCGGAGCGGGGCGGAGCAGCUGCUGAUACUGCCUCUGUCGUCAGUGGCCCGAUCGGGCUGCCUCGGGCUAACAGUGACACAGACCUGGUGACGUCCCAGAGUCGCUCUUCACUAACGGCGUCCACUCUGGAGCACACGCUGAACCGUGGCCAGAACCUCAUCAUAACCUGGGACAUCAAGGAGGAGGUGGACGCUACCGACUGGAUUGGGCUGUACCAUAUUGAUGAAACUAGUCCUUCCAACGUGUGGGACUGUAAGAACAGAGGGGUGAAUGGCACCCAGAAGGGUCAGAUUGUUUGGAGGCUGGAGCCUGGGCCCUACUUUAUGGAGCCUGAGACCAAGAUCUGUUUCAAGUACUACCAUGGAGUGAGCGGAGCCCUGAGAGCCACAACCCCCUGCAUUACUGUGAAGAAUCCAGCAGUCUUGGUGGAGGGGCUGACAGAGCAGGUGGGCGUUGAACAUCCUCGGAAACUGAUCAGCUUUACAUUGACAGAUCUCCGUGCUACUGGCUUGAAGAAGGGCAUGUUUUUCAAUCCUGACCCAUACCUGAAGAUGUCCAUCCACCCAGGGAAGAGAAGUGUCUUCCCCAUCUUCAGCCAUCACGGACAGGAACGUCGAUCAGCCAUCAUUGCGAAUACCACAAACCCUGUCUGGCACGGAGAGAAAUACACGUUUGUGGCACUGAUGACAGACAUCCUCUACAUUGAGGUGAAGGACAAGUUUGCAAAAAGCAGACCGAUCAUCAAACGCUUCCUCGGUCAGCUCACUAUCCCUGUCCAGCGACUUAUUGAAAAAAUACCUGGGGUCCAGCCUGUGAGUUUCUCUCUGUGUCGACGCUUGCCCACUGAACAUGUAAGCGGGCAGUUGCAGUUCAAAGUUGAGCUCACCUCGACUGGGCCGGAUGGUGCCUCUCCUGAUUCUAUCAUUGGCAUUUCAUCCUUGAAUGGAGCUCCAGGGACUCCAUCUGAUGAUGAGGACUUACCCCACCACCUUCCAGGUGUGGUCUCUGCUGGUCCCUCCCCUACUGGUUCUCAGGAUUCCCAAGGCAUGUGGGAAGGCGGAGCCACAGCCUUCCCAGAGAAAGAUCUGUCUCUUGUCGGAGCAGAGGGCAGAUUUGUGGAACAUGAAAGCCUUUCCGGUCAUGAAAUGCUGCAGAGGUCACUCAGUGAGGGCCUGGAUGCUAUUGAGGCCCCUAAAGGCCCUGGUGAAAGACCUCUGGGUGCUGCCUCACCCAAAUUACGCUCUAGUUUCCCCACGCACACAAGGCUCAGUGCCAUGUUACACAUCGAUUCAGAUGAAGAUGAGGAGAGAUCCGGAGCUAAUGACAUCACUCCGGUGCCACUGUCACCGCUGCUAAUGAACGGAGUAGCUCCAGACGUCAGCGGUCCUGAUGAAGACGACCUGUUUCCUGAGCUUCAGCGAGAGCCUGAGCAGCUGGAGCACUCAGCGCUGGAGGAGGAACCCGAGGGUGCAUUUGCUGUGAUAGAAGACAUUCCUCCUGGUGCAGAAAUGGCCCCGGAGGGAAAGCCAGGUCUGGACCUGGAGGAUGUUCUAGAGCCAGACGUUUUCCUUGAAGUGGAGGAGGCUCCAUUCACAGAUGCCCAUAAUGUUUUGCCAGAGGGUGGGCAGGUACCUGAACAAGGAAUGGCGCCUGUGGAGGACCCUUCAUCAGAGAUCGACACUUGCUCUAUGGCAACAGCCCCUCAGACAGCCUUCUCAUCAUCAGAGAGCUGUCCAAUCACGCUGACCACUGCUGUGGAACCAGAAGAGGGGGCAGAGACGGCCAUAGAUCCAGGGGGAGAUGGAGAGGCCACCCCACUAACCAAUCAGGCUGUAGAUGAUGAAGGCGGUGGGCAAACUGCUUCCACGGAGGUCGAAGGACAAGCUCCGCCAGCUAGUGUGCAAGAGGAGGCUGAGGAGAUCAGUAUUAGGAGGUUGAGCCUGCAGGCUGCAGGGGGCGUGGCUGAAGAGCAGGAAGGGGAGGAGAGAAAGCCAAGUGAGGAGGCGGGGUCAGCGGAUUCAGAACAGGUUACCACGGAAACAGAUGGAGAGGAAGGUACCCAUGUCAACGGCCACCCUGUACGCUCGCUUCCUUCUGUGCGUCACGACAUCCAUCGAUACCAGCGUGUGGACGAGCCUCUCCCUCCCAACUGGGAGGCUCGGAUUGACAGCCAUGGGAGGAUCUUCUUUGUGGACCACGUGAACAGGACCACCACGUGGCAGCGUCCCACUGGACCUCCCGCCCCGCAGGGCCUGACACGCUCCAACUCCAUUCAGCAGAUGGAGCAGCUCAACCGCAGAUACCAGAGCAUCAGGAGGACAAUAACCAACACUGAUCGGUCAGAGGAAAGCUCAGUUGACCUGCUUCCUGAACCAGAAGGUGAACUGAUGCCUCACUCCAUUUCUGAAUACAGACGAGACAGUGCAGUCGCUCACUCCAGUGGUCGCUCGCGCCUCUCUCUGCUGCUCCAGUCGCCAAGCGCCAAGUUCCUGUGCAGCCCUGACUUCUUCACCGUGCUGCAUUCUAACCCUAGUGCCUAUCGCAUGUUUACGAGCAACACCUGCCUGAAGCACAUGAUCAGUAAGGUGCGUCGAGAUGCUCAUUACUUUGAGCGCUACCAGCACAACCGCGACCUCGUCACCUUCCUCAACAUGUUCUCCAACAAGCAGCUGGAGCUUCCCCGGGGCUGGGAGAUGAAGCACGACCAUACUGGGAAGCCUUUCUUUGUGGAUCACAACUGUCGCUCCACGACCUUCAUUGACCCACGGCUACCCCUCCAGAGUUCUCGCUCCACCGGGCUGCUGGCCCAUCGCCAGCAUCUGAGCCGCCAGCGCAGCCACAGUGCUGGGGAGGUGGUGGAUGACUCUCGCCAAACAAACCCGCCUGUUAUGCCCCGCCCCUCCAGCACCUUUAGCGGCUCCAGUCGAAGUCAGUACCACGACGUGGUGCCUGUGGCCUACAAUGACAAGAUAGUGGCGUUUCUACGGCAACCCAACAUCUUUGAGAUACUGCAGGAAAGGCAACCUGAGCUUGCAAGGAACCACUCACUUAAGGAGAAGGUGCAGUUUAUUCGCAGUGAGGGAGUCAAUGGGCUGGCUCGUCUCUCCAGUGACGCUGACCUCGUCAUGCUGCUGAGUUUAUUUGAGGAGGAGGUGAUGUCAUAUGUACCACCGUUACUCCACCCAGGUUACUGCAUCUCCUCGCCUCAAAGCUCCCCUGGCACUCAGCGAGCUAAUGCCCGCGCUCCCGCUCCCUAUAAGCGAGAUUUUGAGGCUAAACUGAGGAACUUCUAUCGAAAGCUGGAGACAAAGGGUUAUGGACAGGGGCCUGGGAAAGUCAAACUCAUCAUACGCAGAGACCACCUUCUGGAGGAUGCCUUUAACCAGAUCAUGUGUUACUCCCGAAAAGACCUCCAGAGGAGUAAACUCUACGUCAGCUUUGUGGGCGAGGACGGGCUGGACUACAGUGGACCCUCCAGAGAGUUUUUCUUCCUGGUGUCUAGAGAAUUGUUCAACCCGUACUACGGACUGUUUGAGUAUUCAGCCAAUGACACAUAUACAGUCCAGAUCAGCCCCAUGUCUGCAUUUGUAGACAACCAUCAUGAGUGGUUUCGCUUCAGUGGACGCAUCCUGGGGCUGGCUCUCGUUCAUCAGUACCUGCUGGAUGCUUUCUUUACCCGUCCUUUCUACAAGGGGCUUCUUCGAAUUCCGUGUGACCUGAGUGACCUGGAGUUCCUGGAUGAAGAGUUUCACCAAAGUCUGCAAUGGAUGAAGGACAACGACAUCGAAGACAUGCUGGACCUUACCUUCACUGUCAACGAGGAGGUCUUUGGACAGAUUACAGAGAGAGAGCUGAAGCCAGGCGGGGCUGGUAUCCCCGUCUCAGAGAAGAACAAAAAGGAGUACAUUGAGCGAAUGGUCAAGUGGCGCAUUGAGAGAGGAGUGGCCCAGCAGACGGAGAGCCUGGUCCGAGGCUUCUAUGAGGUGGUGGAUGUGCGACUGGUGUCUGUGUUUGAUGCCAGGGAGCUGGAGCUGGUUAUUGCAGGCACUGCAGAGAUCGACCUGGCAGACUGGAGGAACAACACAGAGUACAGAGGAGGUUACCAUGACAACCACAUAGUGAUUCGCUGGUUCUGGGCAGCUGUGGAGAGAUUCAACAAUGAGCAGAGGCUGAGGCUGCUGCAGUUUGUUACAGGCACCUCCAGUAUUCCCUAUGAGGGAUUUGCCUCUCUACGGGGUAGUAAUGGCCCCCGCAGGUUCUGUGUGGAGAAGUGGGGAAAAAUCACCUCCUUACCCAGGGCUCACACUUGCUUUAAUCGUCUGGACCUUCCACCCUACCCCUCCUUCUCCAUGCUCUAUGAGAAGCUGGUAACUGCUGUAGAGGAAACAAGCACGUUUGGCUUGGAGUAGCCUCAAACCAGCUGACACCCAGGGUUAGCUCGGGAGAGAGAACCAUUUGGGAAUCCGUGUUUCCCACUUAGGAGAGACAGAAAAUAAAACUAAUAUCCUCAAAAGGCAACUAACCCCCCCAUGGAUAACUGCUGUUUUUUUCCGACUGGCUUUACAUCACUCAGCACGCAGGCUUCCUUCCGUUUCUCUGCCUUUUCUUCUCACUUCGAUCAAGUGAACACCUUCAAAGCAAGAUGGAGAACCAGAAAAUGGUUUGAAAAGCUGUACAGUACAAUUUCUUGUUUUCGUGGUAACCUUUGUUCACUCAGCCACAUGUGUGCUUUAUCUCUUUAGUUAAUGGCCUUGGUUACUGGAUUUCUAGCACCUCUCCUCCUCCUCCUCCUCCUCCUCCUCCUCCUCGUCCAACCUGAACCUCAGAGACGGCUGCUGAACCACCACGUUCCCUUUCCCUCUCUGGACCUCGAAACUGUGUCCAUCCUUCACUGGGGCUGCAGUGUUACAAACUAUAUUACACACACACACAUACACACCAAUCACCUUUGCACAAACACAAACAUUUGAAAUGUUCUUUUUCUGUACAUUAUAAACCAGUGUUUCCCCUGAUAUUUUUAUAAGCAUGGAAAGAUGUGACAUUUUAGACAUUCAACCGGAUGUUGGCCUGUCCCCCCUGCCUGUUUAUGGCAGACCUUACACUGGUUGGCUCAAAUACGCACUGAUAGACGAACACAAAUGAAUUAUUCUAAGACUGAAAAUGCACUUGUUUUCACAGUUUUGAUUCCUGAAAAAGCUGGACAACAAGUCACAAAUCAUCAGUAAUACUUACGGACAGUGUCAGUGAGCCGUUGUGAUAAUGACGGUAGGUUCUGGUCAGGACUGUUACCUCCAAUACAGCAACAUCAGAGCUCAUACAUGAGCUCACAAGGUAAAGACACAUCUCAGACAAACAACAGUCCUGUUUCUGCAUAUACACAAGGACAACCAGUGUUCCACACAAAAACAUUCAUACAAUAUUACAGCAUUGUCCUUGUACCUGUAGGUGCACUUUCUUACAGUGUAACAGAUGCACUCCCUUCAGUCCAACAUAAAAAAUAACUGACACACUUCAGUCAGAUAGAAAUGCAGGGUUCCUGUCUUUCAAACUGUUCCACACAUUUUUCAUGAGCAAUACAUGCACUUUCUCACACAGACAGAUGACGCCCGCUCGUAAGUGUGACACACAAUGUCCUUCUCGCUGAUGUAAUCGCCUCCCACCCGAUGAAAGUGAUGAAUGUAACAAAUCAGUGACUGAAUGUAUAAACUUCAAGCAACUCUGCUCGGCCUCUGAGGACAAUCUCACACAAGCCGAAGAGGAAACGCAGGGUAGAGAGUUUGAAGUAGAGGGGCAGGAAAUAAAACAUGACGGGUGCUUGAGGAAUGAGGAGGCGCUUUACUAAAUGUUGGCACCAGAUUAGGCCUUGUUAACUGAGACACAAGUGUCGGGGUGCAGUAGUAGGACUACUUUAGUGCCUCUUAAAUUUUCCUGACCAUGCAGUGAAAUUUCAUAAAUUUCAUUCGGGAAGUUCUUGACCAGAUUCACAUGUCUGACUAAUCAAAGAUGGUGAAAGUGUUGGAGCUGCAGAUCAAAUAUCAACACAAGGGGGCAAUAAGGUGUUCUAUCAUUACUGUGGCACUCAAAUCAAAGAAGCAGUGAUUGUGUCCUUAUUGAAUGGUCUGGCCAGGUGUCAUGAUAAUUUGAUCAGGAACAAGUACUGGCCUUUAGAGCUGUGUGGAUAUUGUACUUAAGAACUUGUGUCAUAAAAAUCCAUGCCAGACAAUAGUUUUGUCUUAAAGCAUGCGGUAAAACAUUUCUCCUACUCUUAAGUGCACAACCUAGACUCUGAGGACCCUUUCACUUUGUCUCAUACACGCAACACAAACACACACACACACACACAAAUACACACAUGCUCAUUUUCUACGGGGUGCAUGCAAGAUUACACCAACUGUACAGUGUCCUGUUGGAGCUAGACCACAGGGGCUGGAAUAGCGGUAGAGACUAUCCCAGCCUCCCCCCUCCCAGCCCAAUAAUGCAUGCAGGAUCUUCCCUGGUCGGCUCUGUGAGUUGUGCCUGGCAGAAACUCCUAGGUGGCGUUGUGUUAUAGCUCGAUAUUGCAUGCUGAAAUAGUGCAACACACUGUCCUUACUAGCUUUUUUUGCAUGAGGAUAUUGCUAUCCAUUCAGACAAAGGGGUGAGGGAGCUGGUUAAGUUGCGUCACUUUGGUCGUGGCGCUCACUUGAGGCAUGCGGCCUUAUGCUUACCUGACACUGUCAUACCUUGAGUGUUAAGCUCAUGGGAACCAGAUGUAGUAAGUAGGUGCUUUAGGAAUGGACAAUGUGUGAAUGCAGUAGUUUGUUUUCUCUAUGACAGUGGAACGGCGAGUAUCUUGGCAGCAUGUUUCUAAAAUGUUGUUACUUUCACAUGUGCGUGUCUGCCUAUCUUAGUAAUAGGUCGAUGGUUAUGGUUCAUGGCUCAUGAGCAAGUAAUGAAUCAAUAGGGCUGUUUUGAUUUUGUGAAACGUGAGAGCACAUGUAUGUGUACCAUGUGUGCAGUCCUGUUUGUCUCUUUGUAUAUAAAUGUAUAUGUAUGUCUGUCCUGUUGUGUGUAUAAAUAUAUAUUUUGCACCGAAUGUACCAAAGGUUUGGGGCUUGCAAAGUCAACCAUUAGGCCUGCUCUCUAUUUCAGUCUAACAAACACAUCCCACUUCUGGCAUCUGAGAACUCCGUACAGAGCAUCACCUCAUGUUUGCUUGAGGGGCAGAUUUGUGGCAUGGGCAGCAACGCUUCACGUUAGGAUAUACGUCACUUGGUCAGUUUGACAUUCACCAUAACGAGGCUUUUGCGGUGCAGAGGAUUGGUAGGAUUCUGCUUCACAUCAGAAUGAAGACAGCUGCACCUCUCGUCUUUCCUAAUACAUUUCUGACAGGACCCGGCUCCAGUUUUCAGAAUUUCACUCUAUGCAAAGCUCCUGUAUGUGUGUCUCCAUUUCACUCCAAUGAUUGUAAUAAAAGAGAACAAAUGGCAAAUUUUGA